GCCGGGCUUCGGGAUUUGGGCGGGCAUCUCGGACGGGGCUAGGAUCUUGAGCGCCGCUCUGCUUUAAUUUGUUUCGACGAGGGGCGUUCUCUCCGGCUGGAGUUCGGCGUCGGCAGGGGGUAGCUAGAUCCGUUUUGCUGUUGAACAACUUUGUGGAAGAUUGCUAGGCAGUACGUUUUUUGGCUUGGUUGCUAGCUGAUAGUUUGCACGCACAACGAGAGGAAGAGAUGGAAGAAGUUGCUAACAAAUAUAAGGACAUGGACAUUGGGGUUCAAGAGGGUAUUGCCUCCUCGUUAGGUUUACUGGUUUCGAUUGGGGAGAAUUCAGGAAUGUUUCAAGAUGAAGGGAUGAUGAUCCGUCCCCCGCCUGAGCCACCGCCGAGGAUGAUGCUUGAAGCAGGGCUCCAGUUGCUAUGUCAACUUAUUUUAUUUAAUUUCGUUUUAUUGUUUUUGAGCUUCUUAGGCAUGAACACUAUCGUGGUUGCCUUCUGCUAUUUCUAUUUCAGUCAGACUCUUACAUUAGGUGGGGGUGAUGAGGGUUUUUGCUUUGGCCACGUACGUUUGGCUCAUUUAGACCCAUUACAGGACAAACGAAUCAUAUUGCUCUAUCCAUGGUGAUUGGUUCUCCAGCUGGUCUGAGAGUUGGUGGCUGGAAGUGUUUCCUUUAUCGUUUGUAUCCUUUGUUGAAUGUUUUAUUAUCAAUAUAAGUCUCCCU